AUGGACGCUGCCAAUGAGUCUUCAGAAGGAAGCCCAUUCAUCCUACUGGGACUAACAACAAAUCCCAGCCAGCAGCAACCUCUUUUCGUGCUCUUCUUGGUCCUCUAUGUGGCGGGCAUCCUAGGUAAUGGACUCAUUGUGGCUGCCAUCCGAGCCAGUCCAGCCCUUCACACUCCCAUGUACUUCCUGCUGGCCCACCUGUCCUUUGCUGACCUCUGCUUUACCUCCGUCACGGUACCUGAGAUGCUGGCCAACCUGCUGGCCCACGACCACUCCAUCUCCCUGGCUGGCUGUCUGACCCAGAUGUACUUCUUCUUCGCCCUGGGUGUAACUGACAGCUGCCUCCUGGCUGCCAUGGCCUAUGACCGCUACGUGGCCAUCCGGCACCCCCUCCACUAUGCCACAAGGAUAGUGGGGGACAGCAUGCUCGUGUCCCACGUCCACUCCCUCCUGCAUAUCCUGCUUAUGGCCCACCUGUCCUUCUGUGCCUCCCACCAAGUGCCCCACUUCUUCUGCGACCACCAGCCUCUCUUAAGGCUCUCCUGCUCUGACACCCGGCACAUCCAGCUACUCAUCUUCACCGAGGGCGCCGCAGUGGUGGUCAGUCCCUUCCUGCUCAUCCUCGCCUCCUACGGGGCCAUUGCAGCUGCGGUGCUCCGGCUGCCAUCGGCCGUGGGGAGGCUCCGGGCUGUGUCCACCUGUGGCUCCCACCUGGCCGUGGUGGGCCUCUUCUACGGGACAGUCAUCGCAGUCUACUUCCGGCCCACGUCCCAGUAUGAGGCCAAGCAGGGCCGUGUGGCCUCCGUCAUGUACACUGUGGUCACGCCCAUGCUGAACCCGGUCAUCUAUAGCCUCCGGAACCGUGAUGUGCAGGGGGCACUCAGAGCCCUUUUCACUCGGCGAAGGAUCUCAGGGGGUGACUCCUGA